GUGACCGGAGCCCCAAUCCAAUAUGGCGGCGCCCAGGGGGCGCGGGCUGCUCUUCUUGCCCUCGCUGCUCGGCUUGCUCGGAGUGGUGUGGUGCAGCCUGAGCUCCGGGCCCAGAACGGUGGUUUCUUCCGCAUGAACACCGGCGAGUGCUUGGGGAACGUGGUGAGCGACGGGCGGCUGGUGAGCAGUUCCGGGGGGCUGCAGAACGCGCAGUUCGGGAUCCGCCGCGACGGGACCUUGGUCACCGGGUACCUAUCUGAGGAGGAGGUUCUGGAUUCUGUAAAUCCAUUCGUGCAGCUGCUGAGUGGAGUUGUGUGGCUCAUCCGCAAUGGAAGCAUCUAUAUCAACGAGAGCCAAGUCACCGAGUGUGAUGAGACGCAGGAGACAGGUUCUUUUAGCAAAUUUGUGAACGUGAUAUCAGCCAGGACAGCCGUGGGUCAUGACCGUAAGGGACAGCUCGUACUCUUCCAUGCAGAUGGACAGACGGAGCAGCGUGGCAUCAACCUCUGGGAGAUGGCAGAGUUCCUGCUGAAACAAGACGUGGUCAAUGCCAUCAACCUGGAUGGAGGUGGUUCCGCCACCUUUGUGCUCAACGGGACCCUGGCCAGUUACCCCUCGGAUCACUGCCAGGACAACAUGUGGCGCUGUCCCCGCCGGGUUUCCACCGUGGUAUGUGUGCAUGAACCCCACUGCCAGCCACCCAACUGCAGUGGCCAUGGGACCUGUGUGGAUGGCCAUUGUGAAUGCACCAGCCACUUUUGGCGGGGUGCCGCCUGCAGCGAGCUAGACUGUGGCCCCUCCAACUGCAGCCAGCAUGGGCUGUGCACAGAGACUGGCUGCCACUGUGAUGCUGGAUGGACAGGAUCCAACUGCAGUGAAGAGUGUCCUCUGGGCUGGUAUGGGCCAGGUUGCCAGAGGCCUUGUCAGUGUGAACACCAGUGUCCCUGCGACCCUCAGACUGGCAACUGCAGCAUCUCCCAAGUGAAACAGUGUCUCCGGCCAACUGAGGCCACACCAAGGGCAGGAGAGAUGGCCUUUUUUACCAGGACCACGUGGCUGGCACUUACCCUCAUCCUAGUUUUCCUGCUGCUGAUCAGCAUUGUGGUCAAUGUGAACUUGCUCCUGGGCUCCAAGACAGAGAGGAACCGACACCUCGAUGGGGACUAUGUAUACCACCCCCUGCAGGAGAUGAAUGGGGAACUGCUGGUUGCAGAGAAGGAGCAAACAGAAGACACUUGCAACCCCUUCAAGGACUGACAGACCUGGGCUGCCCAAUGGCAUGUUCCAAAUAAUGUCCCUGCUCCUCACUUUUAUGGGGAAGGAUGUGAGGCCACUGGCAUGGAUGCUGCACACUCCACUCCUUGCCUGGCCAUGCCCCACCUGUCCCCAGGCUGUGGCACAUGCCACCCCAAGCAAUACAGAGCUCUGGAGAGCCUGCACCCGCUUCCCUGCCUGCCUGCCUGUGUCUGCUGCCCAGAAGCCUGUCUCCCACAGGGGUCUCACCACUGCCAAAGACUCCCAGGAGGCCACUAGCAAAUGAAACUGUAGCCCAGUCAUGACAAGAGUGGCCAACUCUCCUGGACCGCCUGCACAGGGGUAGAGUAGAAAGACUUCUGCCCUGGCCCAGCCACCUCUUAUGCAGCCUCAUUGCUGGAUUGCCAACUAUAAUUCUGCCCUGUCACAGAAAGCUCCUCAUAAGAAGGGAUGGGGAGGGAAGGAAGUCGCCAUGUUUACAAACCUUCUAUUUUUGUUGUCCUUCUCCCUACCUAAUACUUGAGUUUUCUAAUACUUGAAUAAAUUGGUAUACUAAAACAAGCCA